UUCUCUCUAAAACUCCAUAACCAUAGCGACCAAAAUCUCUCUCUAAAACUCCAUUAACAAUGUUUGAGAGCUUAAAAACUGAUGAACUUCAAAUGAAUGAACAAAUCGGUCAGGGAAGAUUCGGUACGGUCUACCGUUGUUUUUCCAAAUCAACUGAUCAAUUUUUCGCCUGCAAAACAAUUCAAAAGAACCUCCUCAUUGAUUCUACGGACCGCGAAUGUCUGGAUAAAGAGCCCAAAUUUCUGCAAUUACUCACCGGAAAAUCGAACAUUCUUCAAAUGUAUAAAGUUUAUGAAGAUGAAAAUUAUGUUCAUAUAAUCACUGAGCUCUGUUCCGGCGGCGAUUUAUACGAGAGGGUUUCUAAUGGGCCUUUGUCGGAGAAAUCUGCUGCUCUGAUUUUGAUCCGAUUGGUUUCAGCAAUCGGACAUUGUCAUAAAUUGGGGGUGGCUCAUCGUGAUAUUAAACCCGAUAAUGUCCUAUUUGAUUCUCAGGACGAUUUGAAGCUUGCUGAUUUUGGAUCUGCAGAGUGGUUUAUGGGGUGCGACGGAAAAAUGAUGGAAGGCGUGGUGGGGACGCCUUACUACGUUGCCCCGGAGGUGUUAUUAGGGAGAAAAUACAAUGAGAAAGUUGAUAUAUGGAGUGCUGGUGUUAUUUUAUACAUUAUGCUUUCUGGUGUUCCUCCUUUUUAUGGCGACACUCCAACUGAGACAUUUGAAGCCGUUCUUAGGGGAAAUUUAAGGUUUCCAACAAGAAUAUUCCGAUCAAUUUCAACUGAAGCUAAGGAUUUGCUGAGGAAAAUGAUAUGUAAAGAUGUUUCCAGGAGAUUUUCAGCUGAACAAGUUCUGAGGCAUCCAUGGAUCAUUAAUAUAGGAGAGAUCAACAACAUCAAUGGCUGAUUUAACCUGAAGUAACAUUAAUAUAUUUUCUAGCUAUCCUAUAUAAACUACCAGAUCAAGUGGUGGCAAGUAUGCACCUUUGGGCUUUGGGAACUCAACGAUGACGGUCGAAGAUAUAAUCAAGUAAAUAAAUGUGAACUCUCUUUAAAAUUUGAAGCUUUCAAAUGAGAAGGUUGC